UUUUUUUUUUUCUAUCACACCCUAACCAAUGCUUAUAGAAAAAUCCACUUUGGAUCUCACAUUUCAAAGGAGAUGCCUGGCCAUAAUUCCAGGUGCUUUUACAGAGUCAGACUCUUCCUGGGACCUUUGGAAGUCACAGGGUUCCAUACAUGGAGAAGUUCUCACUGGAGCUAGGUGGAACUCACUGUUUCCCCUUCAUUUCUAAGUGCUUGUGAAGGAGAAGAACAUAGUAUUUUUUAGAAAGGGUGAAAAAGAGUCAGCUGCUGAUGUUAUUCUCACAGAAGGGCUUAGUAGUCUUUAUGGAACUUUGUUAACCAGAAAAUGUUCUGCUUAAAAGCAAAGUAAAAAACGAUGAACACCUCACCCCCGAACCGAUCAUGAAACCCAGCUUUAUGUGGGUUUACGUUAUCUUAACAUUUACAUAUAAAACUGAUUUUCUUGAGCUUGAGAUAUUAGACUGGAACAACACAGUUGUUGGUCCAGCCACAGAUUUACUCCAUGUUAGUUCUUUUUCUUCCCAUGCUUUUGUUUUCUAACUUUACAAGGGAGAAAUGAUCCUUCUUUGACUGAUUUUUCAGUAUUGUCACGUGCCAUAAAUUUUGGGGGACAUAGGCUGUCAUCAUUAAAUAUGUACAGAACAUAAGAAUGAUUCAAAUAGCGAAAUAAUCUGUUUAAAAGUACAUAUAUUGGAAAACUUAGAUAUUCACGCACCUUAGAUUUUAAUACAAAACUUCUGCAUGUUUUACUCAAGUUGGAUUUUUUCAACUCCUUUGUGUAAGGUUGUCAUUGCAUAUGGUCAAACGAGGUUUACCUUUGGGGCAGAUGAAAUAAUUUCAAAGGGAGUUGGGCCUUAUAGGUGUGUACAAGAACUUGUUCUAAAAACUGUUUUGCAUCAAUUUUAAAGUGCCUGAAACUCCUCUACAAAAGCACAGAGAGUUACUUUAACUGCACAUCUUGAUGUGAACAGAAUUCUUCUGUCUGCUGGACAGGGCCUGCCUCUUUCAGAAAUCAUUCAGUUCAAAAUCCCUGAUAAUGCAUGAAAUCCAGCAACCACCUGAGCAUCAAGUUCAUGCAGCCGGACAAUCUGUUGCUCCCCAGUCUGCAACACAUGAAUUUCAGGACAGAGGUCACAACAAGCUAGGUCAAGAUGCGUAUACCCAGAGUCAAAGAAGAAUGUUAAAGAAAUUCCAAAGCAGAUAUCUAGCGAGGAAGUUUUUCUGUCUGUGGGCAAAAAUGACAUUUGGACAAGUUCUCCCUUCCAAAGCCAGAUGUUUUUAUGAUCAGAAGAUUCUUCAAAAGACUUUUGGAGUGUGGAAGGAGCAGUGGACAGUUUGCAGAGAAAAGAAGCUCGACCUCAGAGCAGACAACCAUUACAGGCUUUUACUCCUUAAUUUGAUAUUCAAGGUUUGGCGAGCCUAUGUAUGCCAACAGCAAGGAAAGAGGAACAAGUAUUAUGUUGCAGAGUCUCAUGCAAAGAAGCAAACUCUGCUCAGGACCUGGCAGCACUGGCUGGUUUAUGUUGAUGUUCAGAGGACAAAACAUGGGAUGCAGUCUGUGGCACUGGCAUUCAGGGAAAGAAGCUGUUUGCGCAUUUCAUGGGCAGUGUGGAGAAGACAACAUUACCAGAAAUGCUCUGGACAUAAAAUGAAUAUUUUGGCUCUGCAGCAUUGGGCCCAGAGCCUGCAAUUUCGAGCUUGGCUGCAGUGGCGAGAGCUGUAUUUACACACCUGGAAUGAGAAGCAGAAGAGCACUAGGGCAGUAACUCACCAUCAGCACUGGGAACUGAGGAGAUGCCUGAGAGCAUGGCUGGGAUACCUGAACCUCCAAGUGAUUUGUGUUUGUCUUCCAGAGCUGGCCCAAGAGUUUCACCGAAGCAGGACACUCCGGCGCUGCUUCUCCGAUUGGCAGCUGUCGUGGGAGUGCAGCAGAAGAAUGCAUGCUCACCAAAGGGACCUGGAAAAACAAGCAGCAAGGACUGCCUUAUGGAGAGUCUUUGCACACUGGAAGCACUAUGUUGUGCUGUGUGUUGAAGAGGCUCAGCAGUGUGAGCUGGCUGAAAAGCACUACAAGUGUCACCUGUUGGAACUUGGCUUUAUGGGUCUUCGGCAGAAUGCCCUGGACACUCGUCUUCAGCGAAUGAGAACAAAUCUGUCAUCCCGUCAGCAUCGAGUUACAGUGCUGCAGAAGUACUGGAACCAUUGGAAGUCCCGCUUGGAAGAAAAGGAGGAAGAACAGCAGCAGGCCUUAACAUCAGUGGCUCAUGCCCGUUAUAGGAGGGUGUUGAUGAGGCAGGUAUUUGACACAUGGCUGCUGAAGGCCUGCAAGCUGCAAGAAUAUCAAAUGGGAGAGAAGAGGGCUGUCCUUCAUUUCGAAAGGCAGCUCUUGCGCUGCUUCUGGUGCUGCUGGCGUGGAAGAACAGCUGCGCGUUUGGAGGAGCGGGAGGGCUUGGUUCGUGCAGGACAUCACUACAGUAACCAGCUGCUGCUAAAGGCCUUCUGUCUGUGGAAACAAAAGACUCACGAGAGAGAAAUAGAGAGGCUCAAGGAGACAGAAGCUUUAAGAUUUCACUGUUCAAAGUGUCUGCAGCAGACUUGGAACAAAUGGAGAGAGUAUGUGGGACAUCAGCGUGAGAAAUGGAGGAAGUUGGUGCAAGCAGACCUGCACUAUCGACAUGUGUUGCUGGUCAAGACCUUGGCAGCUUGGAAGAUUUACCAACAAAACAUGCAGUGCAUUCUGUAUCAAGUAGCUGAGAAGGAGAAAGAGCACACUCGGCUGCUGCUGUGGCAGGUGCUGUGUACAUGGAGAGAAAAUGCCCUUGCUCUUCUACAUGAAUCCAAGGCAGCUACUCUGGCAGAUGAGCACUACAGGAGAGCAAUCCUGUCAAAGGUGCUGCUGCAGUGGAGAGACACUGCCUGGCUGCGGGCAUGUCACCGUCACCUGAAGGUAACAGCUGUGAUGGAGGCCAGAAAACAUUUGGAUUUAGUGCAUUUACAGAGCCUGUUUCUUCACUGGAAAGAAUUAAUGAGGGAGUCUCUGAUGCUGAGGGCUCAGGAGCACAGGGCAGCACAGCACCACCAGCAGCACCUGCUCCAGAAGUACCUGGUGAAAUGGAAAAAUUAUCAUCAGCAGUGCCUUGGGAAAAAGCUGCUGCAGAGAAGGGGAGAUGAACUAAUGACUCACAGACUUUGCUCUGCUUCCUUCUCUUGCUGGAAAACUCGGCUGUUGCAGCAGCAAUGGGAAAAGCGGGAGACAGUGCAAGCGUUGUGGCACUGGUCCCUUUCAGUGCAGAGAAAGGUAUUUGAUGCUUGGCUCAGGUUUGCCAAGGGGCAGCAGGAGAAGAAAGAUGGCAUUGAAAACGUCACAGGAGUUUGCCACACAACUCCUUUUAAAGAAGAUGCAACCUGUGCCUUGAGAAACACUGCUAGCAUCAAGCAGCUGCAGGGACAGCUCCAUACCCAGCACCAGCUGGAGGAGCAAGUGACAUUUAAAAGGCCUGAUGUUAGUCCUGAGACAAGAGGACAUUCAUCAGAGGAAGAGCCAUGGCCUUCAAAAUGCAGACAUCUACCACUUCACCCUGGUGAGGGGGGCUCUGAUCUCCAUGGCCUAAAUGCCAUUCAACAAGCCAGGUUACCACCACAGAAGCCUGAAUUCCCUCUGAAAUCUCUAGAAAGCAAGGAAUUGCUGGCACCUCCUUUUACUAGGUCAGAGGUGCCCUUUCAGCAAACAUCUGUGAAUAAAUGUCCUGCACAGACUGGGAACUUAAUGCUGACACCUCACGUGGAAGGAAAUGCCUGUAAAUGUCUGUUCCAGAUGGGCAGUGCUGCUCAUCCCCAUCCCUCUCUCACUUGUGCUUCUCUCCCCCUGUGGACACAGGACAUGCACCGAGCUGGGCAGGGGCCAGAGCUGUGGUCUCCUGCAUCUUUCAUGUCCCAAAUGAAAGCUGGCUCAGAAGAGAGAGGAGGUCAGCCUGUGAAUGGUCACAAAGGAGCCUGUUCCCAGGACUCUCAACAGAAUUCUGUGGAGAAGUUGCCACCAAAUUUGCAGCCACGUUUGCUGUCACCUGAAGACUGGAUGGGAAAAGGGAGUCACCAGUUUGCAGCUGAAGGGGAAAAGAGGGAGCACAGUUCCAGAGAAGAAAUGAUGUUGGAGAGAAAGGUGGAAGAUGAACUCCAACAUAUCCAGCAGCAGAUGCAGUACUACUACAGCAGGAAGCAGGAACUCAAGUGCUGUCAGCAGCAGGCAGAGAUUCUGCAGCAGUGGCUGGACAAGAGCACACAAGCAGGAGCCCGAGAUGGUGUGCAAGGAGUUGAGGAAGAAUUGGGUCAGCUGCAGGUGAGGAUCAACACUCUCACCAAAGCACAGCUGCCUGAGAGACAUCAUGUGCAGGCCCUGCUGGCCCGCCUGCGAGAUAUCCAGCUUGCCCUGGAUCUGUAGUGCAUCUACCAACUUCUCAGCUCAGGGAUAGGAUUUUGGCCCCUUUCAUAGCAGGGGAUGAUGGAAGAGAUGCAUCCAUUCACUUAGCUCUAUGUAUGGCAUUUAUAUUUUUAAUAAAUAAAGUUAAAAUAAUUCUGCUUUUUUCAUUGUUAUUCUAGCUGAUCUAAACCAAGCUGCAGUUACAUUUAUCUCAUGCUGCACUUGCAAUACCUAGUUUAGGUUACCUGGCAUGUCACAAAGAUAAGCAACACAGAUAAGACUCUUUAUUUCAAAAUGUUUGCAAUUAAAUGAGUUCAUGUCAGUAAGUCAUACACUUUGACAUACAAAAAUACCGUGCUACUGAUACAGUUGAAUUAAAUGGAUUCUCCAUGCAGGAGAAAUUCACAGCAUUAUCAGUACCCUCAAGGAACUCUGUUUU